GAUGCCAAAUAAGACAUUAUUGCUUGCAUAUUUGCAUCCGUUCUCGGAGCAAUAAACGCGCUGUAAACCCUAACAAUUUCACUGAAGUGGUCGUUUCCAAUUAACCAUUUUUCGAAACUUUUGUCUUUCAUCGCUUUGGGGACGUACGUUUCUGAAUCAUUUCCCCUAAUCUGUGUUUUUUUUUUUCUAAAUUCCGAUAGCUGUAUCUCGAGCCUUAGGGUUUGGUGAAGUUAUGCAUUUAAAUGCGUAGAUCAGACUGAAUUGUCCGUGCAUUCCUCAAACGUGACCCUAAGUAAAAGUGAAGAAGUUGGGAUACAAUAUGUUGUUUUGAAAGUGCAAAGGCCGUUCCUUUUUGUUUUUUGGUUUUUAAUAUUGUUGGGAUCUGAUAGCUCUUUGCUUAUGCAAUAAAGUGACUUUGAGAAUUGAACUUUGAGGGGGAAAACUGAAAAUUGGGUUGUGAAAAUGGAAGAGGAGAUGAAGAAGAAGAGAAACAAGAAAAAGAAAAGGAAGCAGAGCAAAGCCACGGAAGAUAUCGCGGUCGAUGCUGGAGAAACAGCUUCUUUGGACCAGAAUCAUGAGAGUAAUGGACAGGAUGAUAAUGGUCAAGUUUCUGAGACUGCAGAUGCUCAUAAUGAUGUGCAAAAUAUAAAUGUGGAUCCCAAUGGUCGUCUCCCCAACGGCACAGAAGGGGCUUCCUUGGAAGAGACGGUCAAAGAGUUACAGAAAGAAAAUGAGUCACAUAUCAAAAAAGAGGCUACCUUAGAAGAGGCAAUCAAACAACUACAACAAAAAAAUCAUUCUUACGUACAGAAAGAGGCUUCCUUGGAAGAGACAGUCAAAGUGUUGCAGAAUGAAAAUGAGUGGCAUAUAAAAAAAGAGGCUACCUUAGAAGAGACAGUCAAACAAUUACAACAAAAAAAUCAUUAUUACGUACAGAAAGAGGCUUCCUUGGAAGAGACUGUCAAAUUGUUACAGAACGAACAUGAGUCACAUAUAAAAAAAGAGGCUACCUUAGAAGAGACAGUCAAUCGAUUACAACACGAAUGCCAUUCAUACAUACAGAAAGAGGCUUCGUUGGAGGGCAAAAUCAGUCAGUUACUAGAGGAAAAGGCAAAUUUAGGUUUGAAAGGGGAAAGUUUAGAGGAAAAAGUCAAACACUUAGAGAGGGAGAAAUGUUUUUGGAUUCUAAAGGAGAAUUCAACCAAAGAAACACUUGCAAACCUGCAUGGUGAUGCUGCUAAACUACAGGCACAGGUGGUGGAGUUGGAAGAAUUCAGAAGCAAUCUCCUCCAAGAAAACCAACGACUGAUGGACAACAUAUCUGGUUUGCAGUCACAAAUCCAGAACCUUGAGAGGAGUACCUCAUCUACCAGCUCAUCAGUUGACCUCAAAAUGCAUGGUUCUGAGCACGAGGACUUGAACUCUCAGAUGGAAGCAGCGCUUGCACUGGUUGAAAAAUUGAUGACAGAAAAUGCAGAGCUCGUUGAGAAGGUGAACGAGUUGUAUGUUGAGCUUGAUCAACGAAUUACAACAGAUGGGCUUCCUUCAGCGACUGGGUCUAUUCAGAUGUUUGAGACCACUGAAACUGCCAGUGUUGACCCCAUAUCGGAAUCCAAUGAAGAUUUGUCUCUAGCAGGCAAGAAGUUGGAGUCAGUCAAGAUUGUUCCAAUGAAGAUUGAAAAUAUUGGGAGUGAUAAUGUGGAUGUUGAGCAUGCUGCUGUGAUCCCCAUCUCUUUAGAAUCUGAAGAAACUGGAGAAAUUGUGCAAAUUUCAAUGGAUGACAACGAAAUUCGGGAUAAAGAGUUGCAGGCUGCCAAUAAUGAUGAAAAAACUGCUGUACCCCUUUCAGACGCUCCCCUGGUUGGUGCUCCUUUUCGGUUAAUAUCUUUUGUUACUAGAUAUGUUAGUGGCGCAGACUUGGUCAACAAAAACUCUAGCCAUUAGCUUUCUUAUCUUAACAUGAGCCUAGGACUGUGGCUUCAUUAUUCUUACAUACGAGGAAGAAAUGUGUCAUUUAAUGAUCAAAGCAUUUUUUUUUAUAAGUAAAGAAUAAUGACCAAGGAUGGAUAGCAUUUUUCAAUCUUCAUUUGACCCGUCUUCAUGUAUAAUGAAAUCACCCAAUGGGUUCUCUAUACAACAAUGAUGACUUGAUCACGUUUAUUA